UUUUAUAUUUCAUGCCACAUUUAAUGUGCUUAAUGUUGGAACAUUAACGUAGACUAAUGUAUUAUUAUGUAUAUUUGGUUGUUCGGACUAUAGAUGUUAUGGCUUUUCUUUUUUUUUGAAAGUUCGCUUUGUCAGAAAUGUUCCCGUGACACCUGUCAGGUGUGUCACAGAGAAGAAGUUUACUUCCUCUAAAUAUAAACACACACACACACACACAUUUAUUCAGUAUAAACCACUGUUUCUGUUCUCGUUUCUGUGAAUUUGGCCAGUGACAGUCUGACAGCAGCUCAGUGCAGCAGCAGCAGCUCUCUGUGCACUUCUUUGAGGAUGGUAGAAACAGCGGAGAUGUGGAGCUCGGUGCUGCCCCUGCUGGUCGCUCUGAGUCUGCUGCAGCUUCCUGACUACACCGCCGCCGCCACACAGGACCGGCAGGACUACAAAUAUGGCCACCAAGACUCCGCUGAGCUGCACGACAAAAAGCACUUCUGCUCCUGGAAAUGUCUCCUGUUCACGCUGCAGUGGCCCGGAGCCUUCUGCCAGUCUUUGGAUGAAGAGACUCUCUGCAGAAUUCCUCCCAGUAUCAACAGCUGGACGAUCCACGGUCUGUGGCCUGUUCGGGCGUUCCGUUGCUGCAAAUGCUGGCCGAUGUUCCAGUCUGACGUCCAGGAGCUGGAGGCAGAGCUGACUGAACACUGGCCGUCCUUACUGCAAACUCAACCCAGCUUCCACUUCUGGAGAGAGGAGUGGGAGAAACAUGGUGCGUGUGCAGCGUGUGUCGAAGGAAUGAACUCUCCACUCAGAUACUUCCAGAUCUGCCUCAAACUACGAGGACACUUUGACAUCUACAAGUUGCUGCAGGAUGCUGGGAUCACUCCGACCUGUGAUCGUCCCUACAAGGACGUGUCCUACCUGAACCGGGACACCAGUAAGGUGAUCGUGGUGGACUGUAAGCGCGAGGCCUUCAGCCUGCAGCCCUUCAACGGCAUGGCCCUGAAGAAAUGGGACGGCAACUCGGAGGACCGCACGCUCUACGACCUCGCCAACUUCCUCAAGACCAUUGCUCUGAGUGGCGUGGACGACGUGCGCUCUGUGUUGGAGAACUACGCUCUGGAGGACGACCCCAUCGACGCCUUCAAGCGCCGACAGGCUCAGCUGGCGCAGGAAGAGGAGCAGCGCUUGGCCGAGCUCGCCCAGCAGAAGAAACAGGGACUGUCUCUGGGCUCCAUCGCCUCGCGGUUCUGGCGCUCCAAACAGCAGUGAGAACCCCCACCCAGCCCCUCCACCCCC